CCGGGGGCGGGAGGAGCAAGGCGCCCUAAGAUUUGAAAUACGAAAGUCAGCGCGGCUGCCGGACUUGGUUCUGGAAACUCGGUUUUUCUCGAAUUGGUUCGGGUCUUUUGUGGCAUUUUCUCCCAAAAUGAUAGAGGACGAACUCGCACUGUUUGAUAAAAGCAUAAAUGAGUUUUGGAAUAAAUUCAAAAGCAGUGUCAGUGACACUUCCUGUCAGAUGGUGGGACUGAGAGAUACCUACAAAGACUCCAUCAAAGCAUGUGCAGAAAAGCUGUCUGUGAAAUUAAAGGAAGAAGAACGAAUGGUUGAGAUGUUUUUGGAGUAUCAAAAUCAAAUCUGCAGGCAGAAUAGCGUCAUUCAAGAAAAAAAAGAUAACUUGUUAAGGUUGAUUGCUAGAAUAAAAGACAAAAAGCAAGAACUGGAAGUACUGACCUCAAAUAUUCAGGAUCUUAAGGAGGAAUAUGCUAAGAAGAAGGAAACUAUUUCUGCUGCUAACAAAGCUAAUGAAGAGAGGUUGAAAAGACUACAGAAAUCUGCAGAUUUAUAUAAAGAUCGACUUGGACUAGAAAUUCGUAAAAUUUAUGGUGAUAAAUUACAGUUUAUAUUCACUAAUAUUGACCCUAAGCAUCCUGAGAACCCAUUUAUGUUUUCCCUCCACCUAAAUGAAGCCAGGGAGUAUGAAGUGUCAGAUAGUUCUCCUCAUCUUGAGUGCCUGACAGAAUUCCAAGAGAAUGUAAGGAAGACCAACAAUUUCUCGGCCUUUCUUGCCAAUGUUCGGAAAGCUUUUACUGCUAUGGUUUAUAAUUAAUGUAUGAAUAGUAUAUAAAAACUGUUUAUUUUUCUUCCCUAUUGUAUAUCUCUCUCUCUUUUUUUCUUAUCAUUGUGUAUCUCUUUUAAAGAAAUUCUCAUUAUCCAUUAUUUGCCUAUAAUUCUUUUGUAUUUCUCUAACAUUUCUAUGUGGUAUAUUUCUUUAAAUUAUUUUAAUUAAAAUCUUAAGAAAUAAAAUUUAUAAAGUCAAA